AUGGCAGUGUGCGCUGGCUUUCCCCUGCGGGGGCCUGGCGACCCCGCCGCCGGGGAUUGGCUGCUGGCCGCGCAGCUGGUGCAGCCCGAGGAGAAGGACCGCAUCGGCCAGUUUGUCUUUGCUCGCGAUGCCAAAGCCGCCUUGGCUGGUCGCCUGCUGAUGCGGAAAUUAAUUGCAGAAAAGAUGUGCAUACCUUGGAAUGAAGUACGCUUGCAAAGGACAUCGAAAGGAAAACCUUUCCUGGCCAAUACCGUAGUCAGUAUCAAUUCGAAUUACAACUUCAAUAUCUCUCAUCAAGGAGAUUAUGCAGUCCUUGCAGCUGAGCCUGAGCUUCAAGUGGGCAUUGAUAUAAUGAAGACUAAUUUACCAGGUAGUAGCUCAGUUCCAAAUUUCUUUCACAUCAUGAAGCGACAGUUUACUGAGACAGAGUGGGAUGUAAUCAAGUCUAUGAGUAAUGAAUGGAUGCAGCUGGAUAUGUUUUAUCGGCACUGGGCCUUAAAGGAAAGCUUCUUAAAGGCUGUUGGAGUUGGAAUUGGCUUUAACUUGCAAAGAAUUGAGUUUAAUGUAUCCCCAUUGCAGCUGGAAGUAGGGCAGGUGUAUAAGGAGACAAAAAUGCUUCUGGAUGGAGAAAAAGAAGAGGAGUGGACAUUUGAGGAAACCCGGUUCGAUGACCAUCAUCAUGUUGCGGUGGCACUCGGGAAACAGACGGGAUUUCUGCAAAAGGACUCUGAUGUACGUUCCAUGGAGCCUAACCCACCACAGUUUACAUUACUGACUUUUGAAGAUUUAGUUGCAUCUGGUAUUCCAGUUGCACCUGAGGAUUCUGCAUAUUGGGACAACUUUUGUUCAAAGCAGGAGAGUCCAGUGCACCAGAGUUCACAUUCAAGAGAAAAAUGCUUAUAAGAAAAAGAAAAUUGUUGAAGAUUUUGUACUGUUAUUCUGCAUAAUUCCAAAGUUCUCUGCCAUUUUAGAAAUACUGGUCCAGCACAGCUCCAGCUUCCCGCAUUAGUUCAAGUUCUUGGCCCAGUCCAGUGCAGGUGAGCUGACCUUUGCUGUCUCCCAUCAUUCUUCUGCAAGAAGUGUCCCAGUUACAUCUAGAAGCCUUCAGGCCUUUAUGUUCUCCAGAGCUCCAUUCCUUCAUCUGUUUUGUUUUCUAGGUACUGUCCUUGGCAUGACCAUACUACAUACCUGGGUCCUAGAGGGUAAGAAGCUGCAAAAUCACAAGCUCUGCACUACAUGAGCCUUUUCCAGCAGGGUCUUGGCUAGGUAGUCUUUUUCACUGUGGAACAGGAUUGCCCAACCUUCCUGUUUCUCAAAGUAGAGAUUUAGAUCACAUCUGCUGGCCUAGGCUGUGUAUCAACACAGUGUUUUCUGAGAAGUACUUGUUAAUGGUCUCUGAUCUAAAAAUAGUUUUAAAAGUUUUGGUCUUCAGUGAAAAAAUUGUCCAAAGGGAAUAAAUGUGGUUUAGUUUGGACCCUGAGACUAGCUCAGUCUGGUUAGAACAUGGUGCUAAUAACACCAUGGUUGUGGGUUCAGGCCCUGUACAGGCCAUUCUCUCUGUGAUCCUGGUGGGUCCCUUCCAACUGAGAAUAUUGUGUGCCUCUGUGAUUAUAUUACCGUGCUCAAACCCUUUUGUAUCUUGCAUCAAAAUCGUCAGAGUGGAUUAGGAACUUCAGGGGGCAUAACUGUGUUCAAGACAAUUUGCAGUUAUGUGACAAGAGACUGGUGCCAUUUGAUAUGAAAAUCUGUAACUUUGAAAAGUGGAUCAUGAGAAUUCACUCCUAGCCUUUUACAGAAUCUGUAAACUUACACGAGAUGCAUAUUGUUACUAUCUUAUGGGAUCAAAUGCACUGAUGUGCUAUCUUAGACAAGAAAUCAUAGAUGCUGCAACAGAAGUAGUGUAUAUAUGAUUGUAAUAUACAUAUUUUUGGUAAAAUCCAGGCAACAGCUCAACUUUAAACAACCAUCUUGACCCGAGACACUGCAAUAAAGCAAUGAUUGGCAAAGAAGAUAGAAAGGAAAAGAUAGUUAUACAAGUCAACAGACUGCCUCUUUGUUGGAGCUUUACAAGAUUAUGGUACUGCAUUUUACAAAGAAGAUAAGUGGUUCUUGGUUCAGAAUUGAUACAACCAAGUCUAAAAGAGCCUGUCCUCCUUAACUGCUGGCUAAUUCUGCAGAUGUCUAGACAUCCUGGUAUGUACUUCAUUAUCCUCCAGAAUACAGAUAGUUUGGCUUGCUCCACUCUGUAUAGAAAACAAAAGCAUGAAAAUAAAUUCUCAAGAGAGAAAACAA